GCAGUGUCAGGAGGGGACAGCAAGUUCAGCUGGCAAUGAAGGGACAUCUCUCCACUCAGCUGCUUUGGUUUCUCCUCUUUCUUCGGGACACCAUGGGUGCUGAUGAGCUGAGGCUGGUGAAUGGAAGCAGCCCCUGUGCCGGGAGAGUGGAGGUUAAACACCAGGAGCAGUGGGGGACAGUGUGUGAUGAUGUCUGGAACAUGGCAGCUGCUGGGGUUGUCUGUAAGCAGUUGGGAUGUGGAGUUGCUCUCAGUGCCCAUGUGAAUGCUCAUUUUGGAGAAGGAUCUGGACAGAUAUGGCUGGAUAACACUGUCUGUCGUGGUAAUGAGUCUGCUGUCUGGGCAUGCGAACACAACAGUUGGGGUGAUCAUAACUGCCAACAUAUAGAGGAUGCUGGAGUGACCUGUUCAGGACGCCUUGAGCCCCAGCUGAUUGGAGGGAACACUGCCUGCUCAGGACGUGUUGAAAUAAGACACGGAGACACAUGGACCACAGUCUGUGAUUCACACUUAGACCUCAAAGCUGCCAGUGUUAUCUGUAAAGAAUUAGAAUGUGGAACAGUUGUAUCCACCCCAGAAGGAGCACACUUCAGCGAAGGUUAUGGGUCAAUCUGGUCUGAGAAGAUACAUUGCAUGGGGAAUGAAACACGCCUUGCGUACUGUUCCAGAGCACUGCAUCCUAAUGAGACAUGUUCACACGCGAGUGAUGCCAGCGUUGUAUGCUCGGGGUACGCUGGGUACAGGCUGGCAAACGGCAGCACACGGUGUUCGGGGAGAGUGGAGCUUUUCCACGGAGGCACCUGGGGAACCCUCUGUGACUCCCAGUGGGAUUUGCAGGCUGCCCACACCCUCUGCCAGCAGCUUAACUGUGGAUUCGCCAUGUUGAUGCCAGCAGGGCAGCUCUUUGGCACAGGAAAUGGGCCUGUCUGGAACGGCACGUUUGGCUGUGAGAGAAACGAAUCUCGCCUGAGGGACUGUCCUGUUACUGCAUUAGGCACCACUGAGUGUCCCCCUGGGAGCGAAGCCAGCGUGGUGUGUUCAGGGUGCUCGGAUGGCAGAUUAGUGAACGGCACCGAGUGCUCUGGGAGAGUAGAGAUCCGACAUGGAGACACAUGGGGAAGCCUCUGUGCCUCCCACUGGGAUUUGCAAGAUGCCAACGUCCUCUGCCAUCAGCUUAACUGUGGAUAUGCCAAGUCGAUCCAGGGAGGAGCCCAUUUUGGAGAAGGGAACGGAACUGUAUGGAGCGACACUUUUCAUUGUGAAGGAACUGAAUCCUGCCUGUGGGAUUGUUCUCGCAUGGCCCUGGGCAACCCCACCUGCUCCCCCAGAGACACAGCCAGGGUUAUUUGCUCAGGUUGUUCUGAGUCACUCAGGCUGUUGAAUGGAGAGAGCCAGUGUGAUGGCAGAGUUGAGAUUUCCCUCCAUGGUGUGUGGGGCAGAGUGCUGGAUGACCAGUGGGACUUGAACGAUGCCGGCGUGGUGUGCAGGCAGCUCCAGUGCGGGGUCGCUGAGAAAGCUUAUAACCCUCCUAAGUCUGAGAGAGGAAAGGGCCCUGUGAGGCUGAGAAGGGUCCAGUGUGCAGGAAAUGAGACUCGUCUGACUCUCUGUGACAACUCCACAUCUGAGACAGCCCAGGCAGGAAUUGCUGAGGACGUCGGUGUAAUUUGUUCAGGAAGUAGGCGGAUCAGAUUGGUGAACGGGACAGGUCGCUGUGCCGGGAGAGUGGAGAUUUAUUACAGUGGCAGCUGGGGGACAGUCUGUGAUGAUUUCUGGGAUCUGUCAGACUCCAAUGUCAUUUGCAAACAAUUGGGAUGUGGACAUGCCAUCAAUGCAACUAUCUCCGCUCAUUAUGGGCAAGGAUCCGGGGAGAUCUGGCUGGACGAUGUGAAUUGCUCUGGGAAUGAAUCCGAUCUCUGGUCAUGUCCUUCCAGGGGCUGGGGCCAGCACAACUGCAGACACAAAGAGGACGCAGGAGUUCUCUGCUCAGAUUUCACAGAUCUGAGGCUGGUGAGCGACAGUGACUGUGCUGGGCGACUGGAAGUUUUCUAUAAUGGGACGUGGGGAAGUGUUUGCACCAAUCAGAUGUCUGGAGACACCCCAGCAAUUGUCUGCAAACAGCUGAACUGUGGAAAUGGAGGGCAGAUUGCAAGAGACUUUGAAUAUGGAGCAGGUUCUGGUCCCACGUGGCUGGACCAUGUUGCAUGCAGUAAGCAACACAGCUCCCUCUGGGAGUGCCCGUCAGAGCCCUGGGAUCCAAUGUCAUGUGAUAACCGAGCAGAAGAGACCCAUAUUUCUUGCAGUGGUGUGACAGAGAGGACAGAUUCACUGACUAGAACAGCUCCCCCACGCCGCCCUCUGACUGACAAUGAGAGAGUCACAGUGCCCAUGAUCGUCUGCAUUAUCCUGGGGGCCCUGCUCUGCCUGGUCUUAAUCAUCCUGGGGGCACAAGUGCAAAGUGCCAGGGCACAGCGCAGAGCUUCCAGAAGAUCCCUGGACCCUUUCUCUGAGGCGGUGUACGAGGAGAUUGAUUAUAACCUGAUAAGAAAGAAGCAGAUGUUCGGUCUCUCAGAUGAUUCAGUGACGAAGCUGCAGUAUUACACCGGGGAUAGUGAGGGGGAAAAUGAUCCUGCAUCAGAACAAGAAGGAUCUUUCCUUGGUAGUUCUCAGUUGGAUUACAAUAAUGUGGAGGAACCUGCACCAAGCGACAUCCCCCAGACUCGAGAUGGUCAAGAGGUUCCUGCCAGGUCUGGAGGUGCCCCAUGCGAUGGUUAUGAUGAUGCCAGAGAAGUCUCUAACACUGAAGAUGACCCUGCUUCUGGACCGAGUGCCCAGGAAGUCACUGUGGCCCAUGGGGACAGCGACAGGAACAGAGAUGAUCAGACUGGCUGGAAUCUGCACUCGCUAAGAAGUGAACGAGCAUCUGGGGCUGAGAGGGAUGCCCUGUCCCCACCUCCUCAUGACCAAGGUUAUGAUGAUGUUGAUGAUGGCAUCUUUGGGACAUGAAUAUCAGAACGGUUGGGUUCAGAUCAAAUAUCCUGUGAGGAUGUACAUGCUGUAUGGUUAGACUCUUCCUGUCCCAAAUGUUCAUUCACCCACCGGAGUAUCAGAGAAAAUCCCUGCCUGGGAACUACUUGAAUCAGCUUUUUUUUUUUUAUUGCAGUUUGUUUAGAUGCAAGAAAUGUAAGUGUGAUUGAGACAGGGGUUGUCAUUGUCCCCUGUAACUUCCCAUUAAUCAGACAGUCUGGAACUUCCCUGCUUUUGUGUUCCUAACAUUUCUUCAUUGUGAAUUUUUGCUUUUUCUUAUUAAACCCUUUUUGAAAAACUGUUCCAGGGCUGAUGUUUCUCUCUUGAUGUCUGUUGGGUGGCUCCAUGAGGACCAACAGGGAGAGAGAUGGAGACUGAAUCACCAAAAAGUAAUAAUGUUAAAAUGUCACUUUUCUGGUAUCACCGGCUCCAGGAUGGGGCACUGCACUGAGAGUGAAUGUUCUAUCACGGAUGUGGUAACAGUGAGAAACCCAGAAACAAAAUAUUCCUGACACCAGAGAGGGCCCCUAACCACCAAUCCAGAUUCUCCUCUGAAAUCCAGGAGGAUAAAUGGGAGGUUAUUUACAGGUAUCUUAAUACAUGCAUGCACAUACAUAAUUAGUGAAAAGAGGCUCCUAACCUCUUCUCUGCCCUACAAAUUCUGAUACUACGCCCAUCACUGUGGCACUAGAGCAUCUUACAGAGGUGUAUUAAGUGACAUGAUUUUUCUUCCAUCACAUGUGGUUCAUUCUUCAUCCUUCUCCCUGGGGAAAGUGCAUAUGGAUUCUUAUGGAGGGUUAUUUGUGGUUUUAUUGUAAGCUCAUAGCAGAUCAUACACUAGCGAAGGCAGGUUUUAGGAGGUCAUUUUCAAGUGAAACAGAAAGAGGGUUCAGGUGAUUUGUGACCCAGUGGCAGUUGGGUCUA